AUUCAAAGAUUAAUUGAUAUUUGUGGGAUCUGCAAGUCCUCCACAAGCUGCUCCAGCCUUCCAUAUCAAAGGAGCCCGACUUUCAUGUUCCAAAUUCACGAAAACACCAGAACCUAGGACGCACGUGUUUGGAUGUUUAUGGUGUCCAGAUUGAAGGAUUUAACGAUUAUAACGAGUCGUUUACGUCACUACUUUCGAAACAUGGACGUCAAGGAGCUGAAGCCUCCCAGCUCGGUGCGCGGAAUGCAGGAGCUCCAAAGGGAACAGUUCCGAAAGAUCGUUCAAGUUCCGCGAUUACGGGUGCCCGAGUCUCAGGUGCAACGUGUGAUGCCGCUGGUCAAGAAGUUCCUGCUGAAAAUGGAGCACCUGCAUCCUGUCCGAGCUGUGGACCAAUCUCGAGAGAUCCUACUACAUCCAACGCCUGUCAAAAACUGGGAAUCCCUGCCAACAGAGGAUCUGCAGAGGCAGAAAGUCAAUGCCGAGAACUUCUCCUUUGCCGACCUCGAGUUGAGGUAUGAAAAUUGGAGCGCCAAUGAAAUCCUGAAAAGCGUGCUACCCACGGAGGAGGAGGGUCUCACCUCCUACUCCCGCAUAGGCCACAUUGCCCACCUUAAUCUUCGUGAUCAUCUGCUGCCCUAUAAGCAGCUCAUCGGUCAGGUGCUCCGUGACAAGCUUCCCAAUUGCCGCACUGUAGUUAACAAAGCAUCCUCCAUUGACAACACCUACCGCAACUUCCAGCUGGAGCUGAUCUGUGGGGACCCCAAUUACCAGGUGGAAACUAAGGAGAACGGAGUCCCAUUUGAGUUUGACUUCUCCAAGGUGUACUGGAAUCCCCGCCUCUCCACGGAGCACGAAAGAAUUGUGAAAAUGCUGAAAUCGGACGAUGUUCUCUAUGAUGUAUUUGCUGGCGUGGGUCCAUUCAGUGUGCCUGCUGCCAAGAAGCGAUGCCAUGUCCUGGCCAAUGACCUGAACCCUGAGAGUUUCCGUUGGCUCCAGCAUAAUGCCAAGAGAAAUAAGUGCAUGCCCAAUAUAAAGAUGAGCAAUAAAGAUGGUAGGCAGUUUAUCGUCGAGGAGCUAAGGGAGGACCUGCUAAAGCGUCUAUGUACCACGGAUACUACUACGUAUGCCAUACAUAUUACAAUGAAUCUACCUGCAAUGGCUGUAGAGUUCCUGGACGCAUUUCGUGGUCUCUACAGUGCAGAUGAGCUGGCACAGUUGCCCACAAACGUGUGCUAUCCCACUGUUCAUGUUUACUCCUUUGCCAAGGGUGAGAACACCAAGGAAUUGGUGCGUCAACUGGUGGAGAGCAAUCUGGGAGCCAUCCUGGACGAGAACCUGCUCCAGGGUAUCAAUUUUGUACGGAAUGUUGCCCCCAACAAGGACAUGUAUAGAGUGUCCUUUAAGCUAUCACUAAACUUGCUAACCACUUUAAAGGAAGUCGAAGUCACGAGAAAACGUUGUGCAGAGGAGGAGCUGGAGGUCCCCACCAAAGUGAAAUAUGUUUGAUCCAAUAGAUACAAUAAAGUUGUGAUUUCCAAACAA